AGCCGCACCGGCAGCCUGGCUCACACACCGAACCGAUCCUCGGUGACCUGCUGCACACGGUACCGAAUGAGUGACGUAGUUCGUCCCGAGUCCGUCCCGGAGCUCCCGGUCAUGGUACCGAGCUGAUUACACCGACCCGUGGACAUGGAGCGGCCGACCUGAGGGAGUUGACGCUCCCACCGAUAUCCGACCUAUAUAUCGAGAGGAAAGUCCAGAUUUACGGGAUUAAAGACGACUAGACGCGGGCCUGUAGACACAACGAGCCGCUAACGCGAAAGGACUCGACGGUUAAACCGGGGGAGACUCAACCGACUCACCGACACACAAGGACGGAACAAAAUGGUCGGGAACGUUUUCCCGGAGCUAACGAGCUAGCUGCAGCUAGCAGGCGGAGCUCGACCGGAAGCGGAGCCGAAGAGCCUCGAGAGGCGGGUCGGGCUCGGUUAGUGUCGGUUACUCAUCGGACUGAGUGUCGGUUACUCAUUGGAGAAGAACGGUCCCGGGGGUCCAGGUCCAGGAUGUCGGCUCAGGUCCGUCUGAAGCGUCUGGAGGAGUUGCUGCUGGAGCAGAAGGCGGCCAGUUCUCUGAGCGUGGAGGCGCUGCUCGACCUGCUGCUCUGCUUCUACACGGAGGUCUCUCACUCACCACUGAAGAGGGAGAAGCACAUCACGGACUUCCUGGAGUGGGUGAGGCCGUUCACCACCACAGUGAAGGACAUGCGGCUGCACAGAGAUGACUUUGAGAUGCUGAAGGUGAUUGGACGAGGAGCUUUUGGAGAGGUUGCUGUGGUGAAGAUGAAGCACACAGAGAGAGUUUACGCCAUGAAGAUCCUCAAUAAGUGGGAGAUGUUAAAGAGAGCGGAGACGGCGUGUUUCAGAGAAGAACGGGACGUUCUAGUGAAAGGAGACAGUCAGUGGAUCACAACGCUGCACUACGCCUUCCAGGACGACAACUACCUGUACCUGGUGAUGGAUUACUACGUGGGCGGGGACCUGCUGACUCUGCUCAGUAAGUUUGAAGAUCGUCUUCCAGAGGACAUGUCCAAGUUCUAUGUGGCUGAGAUGGUACUCGCCGUCCACUCCAUCCACCAGCAGCACUACAUCCACAGAGACAUUAAACCAGACAACGUCCUGCUGGAUGUUAACGGUCACAUCCGCCUCGCUGACUUCGGGUCUUGUCUCCGGAUGAUGGAGGACGGCACGGUGCAGUCUUCUGUGGCCGUGGGGACCCCAGACUACAUCUCCCCAGAGAUCCUGCAGGCGAUGGAGGACGGGAUGGGCCGCUACGGACCGGAGUGUGACUGGUGGUCUCUGGGAGUCUGCAUGUACGAGAUGCUCUACGGGGAAACGCCGUUCUACGCCGAGUCUCUCGUGGAAACCUACGGCAAGAUCAUGAACCACGAGGAGCGUUUCCAGUUCCCGUCUCACGUGGCCGACGUGUCCGAGGACGCCAAGGACCUGAUCCAGAGCCUGCUGUGCUCCAGGGAACACCGACUCGGCGCCAACGGGAUCUCCGACUUCAAGAGCCACCCAUUCUUCAGCGGGAUCGAUUGGGACAACAUCCGGUCGGCCGAGGCCCCGUACAUCCCCGACGUGUCCUCGCCCACCGACACCUCCAACUUCGACGUGGACGACGACGUCCUCAAGAACCCGGACAUCACCCCUCCCAUGUCUCACACUGGUUUCACUGGUCAGCACCUCCCCUUCGUCGGCUUCACUUACACCACCGACAGCUGCUUUGCUGACCGCAGCUCCGUCAGCCAGACGGGACUUGGCCUCCGUCAGGAGGAGGUGGGAGGAGGAGGAGGAGGUGGUCAGGAGGUCGAGGCCUUUGAGAGGAGGAUCCGCCGACUGGAGCAGGAGAAACAGGAGCUGAACCGCAAACUGCAGGAGUCCACUCAGGCCCUCCAGGCUCCAACUCGAGGAGGAACUCUGACCCGAGACAAAGAGAUCAAGAAGCUCAACGAGGAGAUUGAACGGCUGAAGAAGAAGCUGGCAGACUCUGAUAGGCUGGAGCACCAGCUGGAGGAGGCGGUCACACUCAGACAGGACUACGAGAGCUCCGCCUCCAAACUGAAGACCCUGGAGAGGCAGGUGAAGACCCUGAGACAGGAGAAAGAAGAAGUCCACAAGCAGCUGGCGGAUUCUCUGGAGCGUCUGAGGAGUCAGACGAAGGAGCUGAAGGAGGCUCACUCUCAGAGGAAGUUGGCCCUGCAGGAGUUCUCAGACCUGUCGGAGAGGAUGGCCGACCUGCGGUCCUCCAAACAGCGUCUGUCCCGUCAGCUCAGGGACAAAGAGGAGGAGAUGGACGCCCUCCUGCAGAAGAUGGACGCCAUGAGACAGGAGAUCCGCAAGACAGAGAAGAACCGCAAGGAGCUGGAGGCUCAGCUGGACGAUGCGAAGGCGGAGGCGCAGAAGGAGAGGAAGCUGAGGGAGCACAGUGAGGUUUACUCCAAACAGCUGGAGACAGAGCUGCAGAAGCUGAAGUCUCAGCAGGGUCGAGGGGCAGUAGCCGGGGGGGCGGAGUUUCAGCAGGAGCUGUCCCGUCUGAAGGCAGAUCUCGAUACGAAGAUCCUGUUCUACGAGGAGGAGCUGCUGAGGAGAGACUCCUCCCACUCCUCCGAGAUCAAAAACCUCCGUAAAGACCUGCACGAGUCCGAGGGGGCGCAGCUCGCCGCCAACAAGGAGCUGCUGCAGCUACGAGACAAGCUGGACAAGGCCAAGAGGGACAGACAAGCAGAGAUGGAUGAAGCUGUUUCAGCUCUGAAGGAGAAAUCUGAACGAGAGAAAAACCUUCUGACAGAAGAAAACCGCAAACUUACGGCUGAAACUGACAAGCUGUGUUCAUUUGUGGAUCAACUGACGGCUCAGAACCGUCAGCUGGAGGACGACCUGCAGGACCUGUCGUCUAAGAAAGAGAGCGUGGCUCACUGGGAGGCUCAGAUUGCAGAGAUCAUCCAGUGGGUGAGCGAUGAGAAGGAUGCUCGAGGCUACCUUCAGGCUCUGGCUACCAAGAUGACGGAGGAGCUGGAAACACUGCGCAGCUCCAGUCUAGGAACAAGACCUCUGGACCCCCUGUGGAAGGUGCGUCGCAGUCAGAAGUUGGACAUGUCGGCUCGUCUGGAGCUCCAGUCGGCUCUGGAUGCAGAGAUCAGAGCCAAGCAGCUGGUUCAGGAGGAGCUGCGCAAAGUCAAAGCUGCCAACAUCAACCUGGAGAGUAAGCUGAAGGAGUCGGAGGAGAGGAGUCGGGAGAUGGGGGAGCAGGUGGAGAGUCUGAAGAAAGACAUGGAGGACAGCCGCUCCCGCUCUGACAAAGGUCUGAAGCUUCCAGACUUCCAGGACUCCAUAUUUGAAUAUUUCAACACGUCUCCUUUGGCUCCUGACCUCAGCUUCAGAGCGUCAGUUUGCUCCUCCUCCUCGCUGCUCGCUCUCUGGGAAGACGUAAGUUCAUCUACCGCAGACAUAGACUCCACCCCCCUGAAGUCAGAGACCACACCCCCUUCACCCUCCACCACCUCCGAACACGAGGAAGUUAAAGCUGCGUCAGUCCCAGCGAGCCCCUCCCCCACCUACCAGAGCUCAGCACUGACCACACUAAAGCCCAAAGCUCACCAGCUGAGCAUCAAGACCUUCUCCAGUCCGACUCAGUGCACACACUGCACCUCACUGAUGGUGGGACUCCUCAGACAGGGAUACGCCUGUGAAGUGUGCUCCUUCAUCUGCCAUGUUUCCUGUAAAGACCACGCCCCCCUGGUCUGUCCAAUCCCAGCAGAGCACGCCAAGAGGCCGCAGGGCAUCGACGUCCAGAGAGGCAUCGGCACCGCCUAUAAAGGCUACGUCAGGAUCCCAAAGCCCAGCGGCGUGAAGAAGGGCUGGCAGCGAGCCUUCGCUUUGGUCUCCGACUGUAAACUGUUCCUCUACGAUGUCCCAGAGGGGAAGUCCACCCAGCCGGGGGUGGGGGCCAGUCUGGUGCUGGAUCUCAGAGACGAGGAGUUUUCCGUCAGCUCCGUCUUGGCGUCUGAUGUGAUCCACGCCACCAGGAAGGACAUCCCCUGCAUCUUCAGGGUGACGUCGUCACAGCUGAUCUCUCAGCUGUCGGCACUGUCUCUGCUGGUGCUGGCGGAGAGUGAGGUGGAAAAGAGGAAGUGGGUCCGGAUCCUGGAGGGUCUGCAGAGCAUCCUGACCAAGAACCUCCUGAAGAACCAACAGGUCCACGUCCUGCAUGAGGCCUACGACGCCUCGCUGCCCCUCAUCAAGACCACGCUGUCUGCUGCUGUGCUCGACCGGGAGAGGAUCGCUCUGGGAACCGAAGACGGACUGUUUGUGGUGGAGGUCACCAGAGACGUGAUCGUGCGAGCAGCAGACAGUAAGAAGGUUUAUCAGAUCGAUCUGAUCCCGAAGGAGAAGAUCGUCGCUCUGCUCUGUGGUCGGAAUCGUCACGUUCACCUCCACCACUGGGGGGUGCUGGAGGGAGCCGAGGGAGCCUUCGACAUCAAGCUGACGGAGACCAAAGGCUGCCAGGCUCUGACCACUGGGGUGCUCCGACCCGGAGGCCCCGCCUGCCUGCUGGCUGCCGUCAAACGUCAGGUUCUGUGCUACGAGAUCACCCGGGCGAAGCCCCACCAUAAGAAGCUGUGGGAGUUGCAGGCUCCGGGCACGGUGCAGUGGUUGGGCAUGGUGAGGGAGCGGCUGUGCGUCGGUUAUCCUUCGGGCUUCGCUCUGCUGGCCCUGCAGGGGGAGUCGUCCCCCAUCAGCUUGGUGAGCCCGGCCGACCCGUCGCUGGCCUUCCUGGCCCAGCAGCCGCUGGACGCCCUGCACGCCCUGGAGGUUGGAUCCACCGAGUCGCUGCUCUGCUUCAGCCAGCUCGGCAUCUAUGUGGACGGACAGGGCCGCCGGUCCAGAACCCAGGAGCUGAUGUGGCCCGCCACGCCGCUGGCAUGCAGCUCCAACUCCUCCCACCUGACGGUCUACAGUGAAUACGGACUCGACGUCUUCGAUAUUCACACUGCAGAGUGGGUCCAGACCAUCUCCCUCCGCAAGAUCCGCCCUCUGAAUGUUGAAGGAACCUUAAACCUGCUGAGCUCAGAACCUCCUCGUCUGAUCUACUUCAGCAACUCCUCGUCAGAGGGAGAUCUUACCAUCCCGGAGACCUCGGACCAGAGCAGGAAGUUAAUGGUUCGAACUCGCAGCAAGAGGAAGUUCCUGUUUAAGGUUCCAGAGGAGGAGCGGCUUCAGCAGAGGAGGGAGAUGCUCAGGGAUCCGGAGCUCAGAUCAAAGAUGAUUUCUAAUCCCACAAACUUUAACCACGUGGCCCACAUGGGACCAGGAGACGGCAUGCAGGUCCUCAUGGACCUCCCUCUGGUUGGUGAUGUCCUCUCCCCCUCUCCAUCCCCCUCCUCCUUCCGUCACUCCCUCAUCUCUCCCCCCUCCAACUUUGAGCAUGUCUAUCACAUGACGUCGGCGUCGGCCGGCGCCUUCUUGCAGAAAGACGCCUCUUCUUCUUCCUCCCAGCAGAGCCUCCUGCAGCCUUCCUCCUCCUCCUCCUCCUCUCCCUCAACCUCCUCUCUGGGAAUGAGUGUGAUGCAUUCCUCUCAGGAUGACCCAGUUAAAGAUAAGCCCCGCCCACUGUCCAGUAUCUCCCGGCAACAGAGGAGCAAGACGCACAUCACACGCACAGCCUCAGAUUUUGGAGGAGCUUCAUCUCGAAGCAUCUCUGAACUGGACCAGGACCUGGAGCCGGACUCGGACUCCACCAAACACUCGACCCCCUCUAACAGCUCUAACCCCAGCAGCCCUCCCAGUCCUAACUCCCCCCACCGCAGCCAGCUCACAUUGGACGGUUUGGAGAUGGAUCCCUGAGGCUCCGCCUCCGCGUGACCCCGCCCCCUGUACGUGAGGGAGGAGGGGUUUUAUGAACCAAUCAGUCUGCAGACUGAGUUUAGAUUUUAUUGUGGCGGGGUGAGUCUGAGCUUCCAGCUGCUUUUAUUUUUGUUGGAUUUGACCUGCUGGGAAGCCCCGCCCCCUGGUUUUAACCCUGCUGAUGGCUGCUGUGUGUGACCCUUAGUCUGAUUGGCUCUGAGGGACCAAUCGCCUCCUCUUCUUCUCUAUUAAAUAAGUUGUUGAUAAGCUUUAGCAGGACGUUAGCCGCCGAGCUAACGGUGACGGAGGUCUCACUCUGAUGAAAAAACACUGUAUGAAUUCAUUUUUAAACUUUUGUUAAAUUGCACAUCAUCAAUAUUGUUGUUUUAGGAGAAAAAUAAUCUUUGAUUUUGUGUCAGUGAUGAUCUUUCCUGUUGCACCCCCCGCCCUCUGGGGGGGGGGGGGGGGGGGACACUACUGCUUUGUUUCACCAGUUAAAGAAUCUUUGUAAUUAUGGAACAGAAACUCAAUAAAAGUAUCUGAAGAGUCA